GGCGCAUCGCUGUGCUAGUUGAGCAGAGGGGCUUGAUGCAUCACGUCUGGACCACUGGAGUGAGGUGGAGGAUGCUUUUGCUCUCUGAAAGCUUUACAUCGAGCCCUGCAUUAAACAGCAGGUGCAUAGAUAUGUAACCCAGCAGCUGGAUUCGAACCCAUGACCUCUUGGGUUAAAGGCAAACCUGCUGACCACCACUUAGAGGAGGCUUUGCUUGUGAACGCCGCUCUGUUUCUGCGUCCUGGAAAAAGCGGCGAGUGCGUGUGAAGGUCUAAAGGAGGACGAUGGGAGAGUCGGAGACUGAAGUGCUGUAAAGAGCGCACAGGCUCUGCGGCCCUCAGACGCCUGCCCAGUACCAGCCUGUCCUUCCUGAUGGGCAGAGACGACAGUACUGCAGUGGACAUGGCAGAAGGACGCAAAGUCCACACAGUUUAUCCUUGAUACAAUGGACCUGCCGUACUGUUCACCCUUGCUUUGGUUACGAGAACAUCCUACAUGCAGCAGCUGAUGCCAUGCUGUAGAUGAGGAAGUGGAGAUGCCGAGGAGAAGAGACGUUCUUGCGCUGGUGCUGAUCGUGUUGCCGUGGACUUUGCUCAUCACCGUCUGGCAUCAAAGCCCGGUGACGCCUCAGCCUGUCACUCGAAAGGAUAACAGACGUGUGGUCAGCAAAACUCACAGUAACGGCCUCCAACCCAAAGAGUCCUGCGUUAUAUAUAACAGCGUCUCAGGGGUCGUUCGGACGGAAUAUGCUUACGGCCGGCCGCAACCCUGGUCUGACCUGCUGCCCAUCAUCCACAUAAUAACACCCACUUACACUCGGCCCGUCCAGAAAGCAGAACUGACCCGUCUGGCCAAUACACUGCUGCACGUGCCCAACCUGCACUGGAUCGUGGUGGAGGAUGCCCCACGCAGGACGGCGCUGGUGUCAAGGCUGCUGCGUAGCACAGGCCUGAACCACACCCACCUGAAUGUGGAGACCCCCCGGGCCUACAGGCUGCAUAGAGAGCCCCGGGCUGCACGCGUACCCCGCGGGACCACCCAGAGGAACCUGGGUCUACGCUGGCUCCGGGAAGCCCUCGGACAUGGCGCUGAAAACCGCGGGGUCGUGUACUUCGCAGACGAUGACAACACAUACAGCCUGGAGCUGUUUGAGGAGAUGCGCUCCACGCAGAAGGUCUCCGUCUGGCCGGUAGCGUUUGUGGGCGGACUUCGCUACGAGUCGCCUAAGAUCAACACCAUGGGUAAAGUGUACGGCUGGAGGACCGUGUUCGACCCUCACCGCCCUUUCGCCAUCGACAUGGCCGGCUUCGCCAUCAACCUCCAGCUCAUCCUCAGCAAACCUCAGGCCUAUUUUAAGCUGAAGGGAGUUAAAGGGGGAUACCAGGAGAGCAGCCUGCUGAGGGAGCUGGUCACGCUCGGUGACUUGGAGCCCAAGGCCGACAACUGCACAAAGGUACUUGUAUGGCACACUCGGACUGAAAGACCCGUUUUGGUCAACGAAGGAAAAAGGGGAUUUACUGAUUUCAGUGUGGAGAUAUGAAGUGUUCUGGCAGCCUUGCACUAAAAGCUCAAGGCGAAGCUCCUACCAGUCAUACCUGGUACCACAGUGUGCCUGAUAUACACUUAAAAUCGCAUCACGAAGCCCUCACUGCUUUCAGUUUAAAACUGAACGAAUAUGUUAAUAACAAUAGAGCCUCAAAGCACAUAAGGGACGUUGCAAUAUUGUUUCUAAUGUAAAAGAAGAAAUGCACUGAUAGGACCUUCUAGAGCCAUGUUAUUUCCAGCAAAUGUGACCCUAAAAGACUUGCAAAAGUAACCAGCAUCUCCAGACAGCAGGUGAAUGGACAUUUUCCAUCUGCCCUUUAGUUAUGGAGAGUCUACUUCUCUGUUUUCUCGCACUUGAUAGCCAUUUGAUCAGCCACAGAAGAAAGAGACUCUUGUCUGGAAUGAGUCAGCGCUGAGCAAUAGUUUGAUUGCCACAGUGGACAUGAACCCUGUCCUCACACUGGGCCAUUCAGAUGGCCAGCCGUACUCCGGCUCUAAUGAGGAGCACUUUUGUUUCGUGUUUGGAGAACGAUGCUCUUUUUCUUAUGUCUACUUUGACUUUGUAUGUUCGCCGAGUUACUCUGGGUUCGGGUUAAAUCCUUAAGACGGGGACAGUAGCCCAUUGAAACAAAAGGUCAGUGUGAAAACUGUUUGGAGCUGGUUAGAGACUGGGUGCACCAGGGCUGGACGAUAUGGACAAAAGAGCAUAUUCUGAUUAUUUUGCCACAUAUUACCAUGGUGAUAUGCCUGGUAAUAUAAUGAAAUAUACUGGUUAAAGAUUGGCCAGCAUUACUUUGAUCAAAAUGACUGGCCUCAAUUUCUACACACACCCGUCUCUAAACAUCUAUGACUGGUCAUGAUGUUCGUAGCACACAGUGGCCCUUAUUCUUCAAAGCUGUGUAACUGUAAAAUUGCGGUUAACCAAAACCAUCAUCAAUAUAGUUUAGAAUACCAAUAAUAAGAACACAAAUAGAAAAUAAUACUAAUCAUUUAUGCAGUACAAAAGAACACACAGUUAUAAACAGAUAUUUCAUGCUCCAUUUGAAGAUUUUUGUUUUUGUCUUUAUACUAUUGACUCCACCCACAAAAUCGACAAUAACUAGUGUUGAAGCAUCUCAUGCGCUCCAAUAAUACAUUGUUACAUGCUAUGUAUGCUACGCAAUCACUUCAUUCUCCCAUCUUAAAAACACUCUGAUGUUUUGUUCUUUUCACAUUAUUUUCUCCCGUCAUUUUAAUGUUAACACUAUACAAUUUGGCCAGUAGGGGGAGCAGUGCACUCAGUGCUGCUCAGCCUCAAACUCCACCUACAAGCACAGCCAUUGGCUCAUAAGCUCCCUACGAAAACAUCUGCACAAAUAAUGGUGCGGGGGUGGUAAACGAGGAGCUGGUAGGCUGGCGCUUGAUUUCACGCGCCGAUGCCGAUUCAUCAUUUGUGUUGAAAUCUCCACUCGUAUGAAAAUCGCAUUGAAUUCGCAUGAAAGCAGAUGCAGAGUAGUUUGCAUGUAAAUAAAGCCUUUUUUUUUAAAAACAGCUUUGAUGAAUAACGCCCACUGGACAUUACCCUUUAGAGGCUCAUUUGCAUAUUGGAGAUUUCUUUGAUUUCAGUAUUGUGAAGACUGAUAUUGCAAUAUCAGUUACCAGGCCUUAUAUUGUUCAGCCCUAGCAUGUACCAGUUACCAUAGAAACAAGUGCAUUUUACUUGCAUAUUACUUUUAGAUUAUAUCUAUUUUAUUUUAAACACGAUAGAAGUAUUCAGAAACAUGUGUUUUUGUUAUUUAAUAUAGUUCCAUUGCAUAUAUCCACUUUAUGUUUUGACUUUGUACUUAUAAAUAUGAAGAAAAAGAAUGGAAAAAAGCUACAGAGGCUUAGUAAACACCUUAAACAUCCCCAUCAGUGUUACUGGUUCGACAGUUAUAUACAGAGCAAUAAGCGACAAACUGCACUGCAUUCACCUUCCUUCCUACAACCCAGGCAAACCUCCGCUGCUAAAAAGAAGCACAGAGGAAAAUCCAGCAUUUAGACAAGUCAGAACUCUUGGAAUGAUGUACUCUGGUCAGAAGAAACAAAAACAGAACUCCCUGGCAAUAAUUCAGCUCAUCAUGUUUGGAGAAAGUGGGGUUGAUCCCAAGAACACUCACAGUGAAGCAUGAUGGUGGCAGUAUUGGGAUGUACUUGUAGAUAUUAAAGGAGAAUUUAAUCAUCAUCAGCCAAGAAACUGAAUCUGGGUAGAAGAUGGACUGUUUAGUUCGACAGGGACGUUAAAUGUACCAAAAUAAAGCCAGUCCUGGUUUCUAAAAUCAAGAAGUGAAGGUGCUUUCAUGGCCUAGCCAACUCCUGCAUGAAAUCCCAUUGAAAAUUUAAAGAGGACUCUGAAAUUAAAUCAGUGGGAUCCUCGGAACCUUGGAGAACUGAAGAUGGUUUGCCAAGAGGGAUGCGCCAAAAUUGCAAAAAGCUAAAGACUUCUUACCACAGACGUCUCACAGCUGUAAUUUGUAGCUUUGUAAGAAGUAAGAAUGUUAAUAAUUUGUGGUGGUCUGGAUCAUUUAUGCUUAUAAAUGCAUUCUUUAUUAUUAGAGUUGGACGAUAUUUGAAGUAAUUUACACAAUACACGUAACGAUAUUUCUUUUUUUCAAAUGCAGAACAGAAAAAGUAGCACCAGCAUUUUAAAAAUUACUAUCAACAUCUGUGAACAUGAUUUCUAUCCAAUACUUGGCACACUGUGCUGCACUGAACUCAGUUAAACGGGAUUCAUUUUGCUCUCUUACUAAUGAAACAACAACUAGUGACAAUAUGCAGAUGUUUAUAAAAGCAUGUUAUAGUGUGCUGUGACAUCAUUUAUAGCGAUAAUCAUAUGUAUCGUCGUAUUGUCCAGCUCUUUUAAUCAUUUUUAUAAGUACAAAGUCAAAGACAUUAUGUGCAUAGAUUUGAAGUGGAUAUAUAACUGGAGGUUUCUUACAUAAGACAAACAUAAGUGUCUGAAUACCCAUUUCCCCCUCACUGUACGCCCUGUUUUAUGUUCAAAGAAGCCUGCUCAGCAUCAUAACCAGCUCUCAGCUGUCAGUUCCUGUGAAUGACUUUGAUGAAUGUUCGUUUGUAAGUAGGCCUGGGUUUGCUAUGCUAAUGGAACAACUUUGAAAAAGUAUUGAAAAAUGUCAGUAACUGGAUUCAUAAUAGGUGAUCAUUUUUCUUGUUUAUGAACGGUGUCUUAGUUCAGGAUUUUGUUCAUGGUAGUUCAAAGAGGCACAUGGUGACAACAGAAAACAGCCAAUAAACACAGCACUGCCA